GGAGGAGGAGUCUCGCAGCGGGCGAGAUCACACGAGAGAAGCUACCGAGCUGGAGCACCCGGGCUCCCUCUCCUCCUCCUGCUGCUGCUGCUGCUGCUGGUGCUGUGUUGUGUUGUUGUUGUGUGUCCUCCACACCACCUGCCACACUGCCUCCACCCCCACACUACUCAGCCAUGAGUGAAGACAACACCGAGAUCAAAGGAGAACAAGAAGUGGAUCUCAUGGAAGAGCUGUUGGAUUCUGCGGAAAAUUUUGAUGAACUCAAUGAUGUUUCUGAUGAUAAGAGCAACAAACGUCGGAAGAAAGUUGCCGAGUCUAAGGAUGCCUUGUCUAAGGUUAAAAAGGACGAGAGUAAAGAAGUUGCAGCUAAGAGAGCAAAGCUGAAGGAGAAACAGGAAGCAGCACGUGCUAAGAGAGAGGGCAAGAAGAAACCCAAGACUGUUAAGAAGGAUACUGAGGGUGAUGAAGGAGACAAGACAGGUGAAGGUGAAGGAGAAAUGGAGUUUGAUACUAGAAGUGAAGCAUCUUCUGAUCACCAGUUCUCUGACGACGAGCCAUCCAUGAGCGAGGCAUCCAGGGCGUCGUCCAUCUCAAGGGAAUCCUCAAUCGAGAAAGAAGAAAUGGAAGAUAAAGAAGACAACAGGAAACGCAAGCGUAGUGCUUCAGAAAGUUCCAUCAAGAGCAGUGAGGAUCGUGAGUACUUAGAACUACAGUAUUCUGUUCUUGGUAUGGUCAUGAUGUGCACUCUACAUAUUUCCAUAGCUCUUUACUUUGGCAAAUUGGCUCCACCCAAGAAAUUAUUCAUUGUAAACCUGGUUAAAGAAGCCAGGAAUGUAAUACUCAUAUUCUCCAUUAAGGAGAGUGGACGCUUUUGUGGGUUUGCGCGACUUGCUGGUGAAUCUCGAAGAGACCUUCCUCCUGUUACAUGGGUUUUACCACCAGGAUUAUCAGCACGUGCCCUUGGAGGAGUUUUUGAACUGGACUGGAUCUCUAGGAGAGAUUUGUCCUUCACUAAAACACAACAUCUUUAUAAUCCUUGGAAUGAGGGCAAACCAGUUAAGAUUGGCAGAGAUGGUCAGGAAAUUGAACCACGUGUAGCAGAGGAACUGUGUCGACUCUUUCCCAAAGAUGAAGGAAUUAAUCUCACACCUGUUUUGCACAAGAGUAAACGUGCUGCUCGAGUGGCCCAUGCUAGGGGUCCACUUCGUCGGCCGCUACAAUCAACAGGAGACCGCCGAGGCCGUCCCAGAGAACGUGGAAGCUUCAGAGGUCGGGGGGACAUUGGCUUCAGUCGUGGUGGCGGUCGACGACGGAGAUAUGAUGGAGAUGAUUAUGGUCCGAGAGUGAAACGAUUGCGAGGGCCACCAAAUUUCAGGGGCAGAACUGAAAAACCAGCAAACACAUAUAAUCGUGAGCGCGUGAGGGAGAGAUCACCUGUAUAUCGCAAUGUACCUCGGAGAGAAGGGUCUUCUUACAAUGGUACAAGCAGUCAUAAACUGUGUUUGGAAUCUUCAUUGCAGACGUAUCAAGACUUUAUGAGAGAGAUGCGAGACUUCCACUCUCGUGCUCCCAGCAAUCUUCCUCCCAUGGCUUUUCCUCCACCGCCACCUUUUGAUCCAAUUGGCCCGCCUCGAUAUUAUGAUGGGCCACCAUUGCCAGAGUACCCAGCAUCACGAUCACGUUCUGAAAAGAGACCUUCAGCUGAUCCCUACGACCGCAGUGUGGAUGAGUUCUUGCAGCGGACCAGGGAUCGACGGGAACGAAGUCGUGAACGUCGAUAUCGAGAACGUAGAUAAAGUAAACAUUUUAUAUAUACAGUAACUUUUGUAAGGUUUUAAUAAAUAUUGAAUGGACCAAACUGAAGUGGUAGACACUACAAGUCGGCUUAAGAUGUGUGGCAGAUGGUGGAGGUGAACAAAAUAUUAAUAUAGAAAAUAGCAAUGGAAAAGCAAGAGAGGAUAUACGAAAAUAUGUAAAAACCAUUCAUGCUUCCAAGAAGUAUUUUGGAUAGCUACCUCACUUAUUACCUCUGGCGAGUGAGUUAGGAUACAUUAUUCAUGAUUAGUUAUAUAUCAUUUUUUUGCAAGGUGUUUGUCUUGACAUUACACAUAUAAGAAAAUUCUCCCUUUUGUAAUACAUAUUAAUGCAACUGCUUUUAUUAUUAUUAUUAUUAAUUAUUAUUAAUAUUUGUAUAUAAGUAAGGCAAUUGUGUAUUUGUUUUUCAUAAUACAGUAUCUAGAUGUAUAGCAUAAAACAAGAGUGCAAAUAGAGUUUAUAAGGCAUUCGUAUACUAAUUAAAAACAUUACUGAAAUUA